AUGCAUUUUCUAUACCUGAGCAAAACGUGUCUAUAUCACCUCGACAUGCGUUAUCUUCAGAAGGUUGCUUUACUGGUUAUUUCUAUCCCCACAAGUCAUCACUCUUUAGCGGAAUCGCCUACGCUCGGAGUUGCAGCUAUUGAGGAAAACCGUAUUCGCUGUGGAGCCCACCCUCGCUGA